UUGUGUUUGUGUGUGUUGUGAGUGAAUCGAGAGAUAGAGUAAAUAACAGAGUUUUUCUGAAAUUGACAUUUAUUAGAAUAUACUAUUGUUUUCCUUAUUUUGGGAGGAUUCGUCAAACGAUGCCCUACACGAUUAGUUAAGAUUCUUGAGCAUGGACAACCCUCAGGAUUGCUUGGUUACGAGUUCUCAAGACAUCAUUAAGAAGGAUAAUGGUGCCUCAACUUCAGGCAAUUCUGUGGCUAUCUUCCAGACCAAAAAUAGCAAGAAGAAAAAAUCCAAAGGUGGAAUGGAGCAGUUUUCAUGGUUUCAUAGUUUUCAGAAACAGUGUCAGUCUUUAUUGGGAAACACUAGCAUGAAAGAUCUCCUCAAUGCUAUAACAGUGUACACAGAGCACAUAUCGAGAGAUGUAGAGGCAAGCUAUUCAAAGCCUAACAGAGCUGCCAAAUUGAAGUCACACAUGAUCUCUGUUUUGAACUUUUUCCACAACCAAUAUAUACUCAUCAAGCAACCUUUUGAAAAUUCAACCUAUCUAGAAAAGAUGUCAAACCUGCUGACAUUUUACUUCGACAUGGAAGUGAAAGCAUCAAGGCGAGGCAAAGAAAGUGUCAAGAAAAUUACAAGCAAACUUAUUUCUGCUUUAUUCAUCAUGUUGAAUGAUUCUUCGGAGUUCAUCUUAGACACCAUUUUAAAGGCCCGAUUCACUGUUAAGAGCUACAGUGAGAUAUGUAUUCCAAUAUUCAAGAUGGUGACAGGCUUGCCGCAGUCACAAGAAAUGAACUAUGUCCGCUGCCUGCUUGUGUUCAAAAUUUGGAAGAGAAUGUUGCCUUGCAGAGAGGAACGCAACUGCAUCAACAGACUCGCUGUAGCCAAGCUUAGCCCCCCACCAGCACAGGUGUUAGAGUUCAUCAAGCGAGGACUACUAACCAGUGUGUUGCCGAACCCUCCUCCUGACAAGACGCCGUUACUCCUCACAAGAUUCUACAUGACCAAGAAGUUCAACUUGCGGGAAUCCGUCAAGGCAUUCUUGAAAUUGGAGGCGGAUUUGAAACUGAACGACUUCACUUCUAGUUUGGAUGCUAUACGAUUUUUUGAUGAUGAAGAUGAAGAGGAUAAGGUUAAUGAGGAAAGCCAUUUUGAGAAGGAUUACAGUUUAUUGGAAUCAAUAUGGAUAGACAUUUCCAACUCGCCCCCUCCCACCAAUCAACCUUGCCUCUCCUCCUCCCCUUCCACUUCUACAUCUGGCAGCGCAUCCUCAAAAGUCAGUGUUGGUGAAAACAGCCGUUCAAUGGAAAUUGAUAAUGCAAUCCUCUCCAAAGUGAAAAAAUCCCUUUUUAAAUCUAAAGUAACCAAGAAGAACAAGCAAACAAAGACCAAAGUCAAGGAGAAAAAGAAGAAAAAUAAACAGGAUUUAGUCAUAGACUUGUGUAAAGAUAAUGAUGACAUUUGUUCUGACAUCACUCAAAACCCCUUGGAAAAAGUAAAGUUGUGUUUAAAUUCUUCGUCAAAAUCAGCCUUUAAUAGUAUUGAUAAUAAUGUGCAAUUGGAGGUUAAUUCUACCGAAGAAUCAAAAUUAGGUUCCAAAAUUGAAAAGAAUCUUGUCAGGUUAGAACAAGGGUCCAAAAUAAGUGAUGAGAAUCAGAAGGAAUUUGAAGUUUCUAGUGUGUCAAAAUUAAACUCAAGCUGUACUGAAAACAAUAUGGUCUUUGAAAUUUCUAGUCAGUCAAAAACAAAUUCAAACUGUAAUGAGAAUGAGAUGGAUUUUAAAGUUGCUGAUGUAUCAAAAACUUAUUUAAAUCGUAAAUCUAAAAAAUGUGAUCAAGACACAACCGGGGAAAUAAUCAAUAAUGAAUGUGAAUUUACUAAUACUACGUUAAUAGAGGCUAAGUCUACAUCAAAUGAUAAACCAGAAUCAAUUCAACCUGAAGAUUCUAAUCCUAAAUCAACCGAAGAGAACCGAGAAGAAGAUAUACCUGUCUUGGAGCCAAGAGUGAUGUCUGAGGAAGUAGAAGAAAGUAAUGACAAGAAAAGUAUUGAGUCUAAAGCCAGACCUGAGGAGUCGCAUUCAGUUUCUGAGGCUGAAGAAGUAGAUAAAGUAGAAUCCUCGAUAAACAAAAUUAUUAUAAGCUGCAAAAACUUCUCUAGAAUGGAUUAUAUACAUGAAGAGUUAGAAGAAAAGACAGAACAAUUUUUGGACGGAGAACCAGGAGAACUGACAUCUUUAAUUGAAAUAAGUGAAGAUCCAAUUUUUAAAACAGAAAUCUUGAAAGAAGACAGUUUAGAUUUUAAAGAGGAUGAUACAACCUCAGAUAAAUUGUUAUUAAAUCCAAUGGAAGAAGACCAGCAGUCUAAAGAGACAUGGAACAACGGUUUCGCUGUCAAGCCAGUACAUGAACUCUCUACAGUAAAUAACAAUUGCAUUAAUUCUGAAAUCAACUCUAGUUCUGUCUCUAAACCUGUCUUGACAAGAAGUGUUCAUGAAGAAAGUAAAACAUGCAAUGAAAAACAGCCAAAUAAGCCAGAUAAAAACCAUAAACCAGUUGCUUCAGAAGUAAGCAAAAGAGACAACUUAACAUACAGUGUAGAAAAAGACACAUUCAGUGCACAAAAUUGUAUUCAAGAACCAAUUACAAGCAAGCAAAAUACAAAUAAAACUGAGAUCAACCAAAUUAGGCCUAUUAAAACGUUUAGGGACGUUUAUGGUCAACAACAUCAUGUUAUUGUUCCAGAAAAACCAUUUAGUGCUAUCCACAAAUUAAAAGUAGCAGAAAGUGUGUCUGUUCAAAGGAGAAAUUCUAGCCAAGAUUCGUCUGACGUUUCUUCUUCGUUGGAAGACAUCCAAAAGAAAAAUAACGUUUCUAAUUUACCCGAUAAAUCAUUUGUCACUAGAGAAGAGUCUUCAUCAUGUAAGGUCGAGAAAGAUAAUUUCCAAACGUUUUCUUCUUGUAUGCAAACAUCUGAGUCCACACACAAAGAAGUAAACAACCGUAUCAAAGAGAAAUGUGAUAAAAAUAUUCAAGUUCCUUCAAACGCGUUUGGUUAUGUAGUCGAUAAACCAGAUUUUAUUGAGAGUUCAAAUUGUCUAACAUUACCAGAUAUUGACAAAACUAAAAAACAAGAUGAUAAUAUACAACCAGGUUUAAAUACAUGUCUGUUGCAUAAAAUAUUAGGAGAAGAAGACUGUUUAAAAAGUGGUUGCCUACUAAAAAGCUCUGUUUCUGAACAAUUCACUGAUGAUUUUAACAAGAGUAAUCUCUCAGAAGUAUGUUUAAAACAAGAGCUCGAAAACUCUACUGAGUUACCUGGUGAAAGUGUAACUCCUACAAAUCCAUCUCUAUGGAAUCCUUCAGCUGGCAUAAAGGUUGAAAAAAAUAGCAAAAACAUCAGCAGUUUAGAGUGCACUGAGGGGAUUCGCAAAACUUCUAGUGAAUUUUUGGUCAGAAGUGUGACCGAAGCUUGCAACUUUAAAGAGCUGGAUAUUGCAAGUGAGUGUGACAACUUUACAGCUAGUUGUGAGUUUGAAAGUGAUAAUGAGGACAGAAAUUUGGUCAUUGACGAAGAUAUGGAUUCCAUAAAAGAUCACAAUGAAACUGAAGAUGGACAAUUCAACUAUAGAAUCGACUAUGUGCAUAACAAUCUCAGCAAUAACAUUGCUAGUCCUGUUCGUCUAAACAACAACAUACAUGGUAAUAAAGGGAACAACCAAUUAGUGGAUCAAAACAUAGCAGGUAAAUUACUAGAUUCACAAGUAAAAACGAAUCUGGAAAAAGUGCCUAUAGUUAAAAAUACAACAAAAGAAAAUGAGCCAACAAAAAAAGAACUUGUUGGGAAACAUAAGUUGCCUAAAAUAGUAGAGAAUAAUAUUAAAACUUCAUACCUUCGUAAUUCUUACAUCACUGAAGCUUCUGUUGAUUCAAGUAUAAAGUAUCGGCCGCUCGCAAGUAAUGAAGUGUCACAUACUGCAGGAAAUAGCACACAGAAUAUUUCAAGCGGAGUAUAUUAUGGAGGAGAAAGCUCAAGUGUUGUCUCUAAAAAUUACACUACAUCUAAAAUUGUUAAACCAUCCGGGGGUAAUGUUAACCCCGCAUGUAGAGUAUACUCACCACACCGUAUAUCCCAAGUCAAUGACCCUAAUUGUGUUCGAAUUAAUAAUAGAGAUCCUAGACUUGGCCCUGUCAAUAUAAAUAAUAACACUUAUGAAGUGCAUUCCAAUAUAAAUGUUCAACUAAAUCAUAACAACCAACGUAAUAAAAUUAAAUCAUUAAAAACUGUUGGUGCUACGAAUCAACCAGUUUUUACUGCUGAAGUAGCCAAGUCUGGGUCUCCGAGGCUUCUUUCAAGCCCUGGCUGUUACGAAACAUACACACAGUAUGAUAUGGGAGGCAAAAUAUCUGUUCCUUCUAAAAAAAGCAGAGCAUCCCCUGUUGAACGAUACAAUCUGAGAAAUCCCAUGACUAAUGAGAAAUACAAAAGUCAACAUCUAGAGCCAGCUAAACCUCAAGAAAAUUGCAGUAACAAUUCACGCUCGAAUAUCGGAGUUUAUGCUGAGAUGACUAAUUCCAAAGGCAACUCCAGCCCCUCAUUCCUCAAGUACCCUAAUGAGCAUCAAACAAUAAAUACAGCAGAACCAGUUUAUGAGACAGUAAAUUUGAGAGAUCCGUUGUGUUUAGUAAAGGGUAAAGAGGACCCGAGAGAAAUGUAUGAUUUUGAAUUCAAUGUCUUUCCUAUUGCCCAAGAAAUUGAAAUAUGUUCAGGAUCAGGUGAUUGGAUCUAUCCCGUGUCCAGUGAGAUCGGUCAUCCAGACUGGCCUAUUGCCAUUGAACAGAGUGUGAUUGACAGUUCUGCCUCUUAUUCUCAACCGUCCGAUCAAUAUACGUUCUCCUUGAUGAAGGGUGAUGAGGGAUGUAUCAUCGCUGGAUCAGAUCAAAAAUUUUAUGCUCCUUUGGAAUUGCAGCAGGUUGACAACAGGCAUCCAAGUAUUGUUGGGGAAAAUGUUGACAAAGAAACUCUCAAUUUGCACUUGAGAACUUUGGAAGCAGACAACAGUCUGUGUUGUUCCCAGCGAGAGUUCAAAGAGUUCUAUCUCUCGCGAGAUGUAUCUCCUACGAUUCCGGUCCCAUUCCCCACGCAAGGCCGCACAGACAUUUUGAACUCAACAGCCAGAUGCCUGUGUGAACAAUGUUCAGAUAACCACCAGAAGCUUUUAAGCAAUUACAAUCUUCUUACUCAUUACAGAAAUUCCAAAAUAAAACCACUAGGUGUGUUCACUAAAUUGGACGAAGCGUCUUAUUCAGAAAAAGAUCCCAAUGGAGAAUUUGAUAGCAGUUUACCGCUGAAAAAGAGGAAAACUUUGACCAAUUCUAAAGCUAGUGAAGAGCUUCUGUUGCCGUCAUAUCCAAACACCCCGAUGAUCAGCAUUGCACAGUUGGAGUUGACAGGCUACGAGCAAAGUAAUCAAGUAAUAGUUCCUAACCCGCAGAGCCAGUGGAGGGAUGCAGUUAAUUAUAAUCCUCUGAAUUUGGUCCAACCGACAACAAUGGAAUCAUUUGAGGGACAGACAAAAGGGAAGCGUAAAGCCAGCAAAAGAAGAAAAAGUUCAAGUAUUAUACUUCAACAUUCACGGAUACAGUAAGUUUUUUAUGUAUAUUAAUGAAAACAAGUCAAUUAAAAAAUUUUGAAGAGGAGAGAAAAUGGUUCCAUUACGGAGGACAAUAUACUCAUGGAAACAUCAAGAGCAUUUUAUAAUACUUUGUAAACAAAUUUUGCAUUCAACCUUGAAACUUUAUUUUGUUUAGUUAGCUUUUCAUUAAAUUAUUAAUACAACACAAUUUCUAAAUCAAAGUACCAUACCAUACAAUUGCAGUUUUUGCAUUCUUAAGUAUUUGAUUAAUAAAUCAUUAUUCCGUCACAACCAACUUUUGAACCAUUAGUUCAUUUUUUUAAUACUCUGGAAAUUACAAAACAGAAGAUCGCAGGAAUGGAUUCUACAGGAUUUGUCAUUAUAUAAAUGUAAAUACAAGUGUGGAUUGAAGAUAGAUAGUGAUUUUUGGUCAACUUGCAAAUUAAUCCAAUGAAAGAUGGAUCACAGAAACACUAUUACUGUAUUUGUUUGCUAAAAUAGAAGCUGGAAACAAUAUUCAAGACAAAAUCCUUAGUAAAAAUUGGUUAAAAAUACUAUUUUACAAUAACAAAAUUAUUUAAUAUAAUGUAAAAACUAAAAAAAAAAUUAUUACAUAUUUUUUCUAAAUAUUAAUAUUUUAAAUGCAAGUUAGACUAUGAUCAAUUUAAGGACCUCAUAUAGCAAUAUUGAGAGCUUAAAAGUGGACUUCUGCAGGCGAAAGCGGUCACCUUUUUCCUAAAUUUCAAAAGCAGGAUCACUGAUUUGGAUGGACCCAAAAGCAGGUGACAAGGGAAACAGCCUUGCUCACUUUUUCUAUGGAAAUCUGCUCAACAGUACCCAGUAGAAUGUUAUCAGAUGAUAACUGGAGCUGCUGAAUAUGUUGUAGAUGGACUCUGGACACUGUUAAAUUUCUGAAGAAAACUAUUCAGAACUGCAGCUGAUUAUGUACUUUGGAGUACACCUACCAGUGAUGUACAACUUCACCAACACCAUAGCUUUUAUUCCUAGGGCUGCUGAUUUGGUUUUUGACUAAUCAUUUUAAAGGGAUUCGAUAAUGAAUUCCAUUGUGUAUAACGAUUUUUUACUCAGUCUUCUGCCUUCUGGGUUGUUAGGUAAAAUACUGUUUAAAAAACAAACUUUCCUCUACAAGUAGGCCUUAAAUUACUCUUUGAGAUUAACUUAAUAUUUUAGAUACUCUUGAGACUAAAUUAGCUUUAAAAACAUGAAAAAAAGAUGUUGAAAGUCAUAGAUUGUAAGAAAAAAAGUAUGUUAAUAUUUCGAAGAAAUAUCAGUAUUUCUACUACAGGAUUAAUAGAAAAAGUAUUUAAAAUGAACAGGUUUAUUUUACAUGUUUAUGAUUAUGCUAAGUAAAAUACUCAUUAGAAUUUCAAUCAAAUUGCUUUUAACAAUUGAACUUGAAAAAAAUAUGGGCCUUGUUCAAAACCAGACAUGACCUUUAAUGAUAGGAUAUUGUAAUUUUGGAACUACCUAUCUAGCUCUCACAGAUAAGAUACCUAACCUUGUUGUCAUAUAUUAGGGAAAACAAGUAAAAUUUACAAGGAUUAAUCAGCAGUUCUAAGAAAUAAUCAUGUAUGAUGCAAGAAGAUAGUUCAGCAACUGUAUAACAUCACACAGCUAUUUUCAUGUAUAAUUAAUGUGAUAUUUUGCAGCAAUGCCUUUUUUUGGAGAUUUUCUUGUAAAUAAAAAACUCAGGUUACGGUUAGGUGUAAGAAUUGAUCUCACAUUUCGUUAGAAAAUAUAAAUUGAUUUACGCUGAUUGACUGAACAUGUUAUUGGUUUACUGCAAAUUUAAUACGAUUCCAAAAAGGUUUUUUCGAUUCAUAGGGCACUAAUGAAUGACUAGGGAUUGUGUAUUGUAAUAAGAAAGAAAAGAAGGCACAUUUUGACGCAGUAAGUAUCUUGUAUUUACGCAAUUUAUGUUAUGUGAAGUCAUGUGAUUAUCUUUAUUUUGCAUCCCACAACAUUUUAUGCUCUUAUAAGAAAUGUUGCUACUUAAUUAAAGAUUUUUUUACUAACAGGUCAUCAAAAAGCAAAACUAAAAAUUUGGGACUGCUGUAAAAAUGUGUCAAAUUUAAAUUAGGCUAUGCAUUUUAAAUCCGCAUUGUUGUUCCAAACUUACUGUUUAGUUUUAAAUAGUGCUGUAUUUGUUUAGUAUAUGUUAUUUCAAAUUUAUGUUUAAUUUUGAAAGGGAACAAAAUG